AUGGUGUUCAAAUCCGGGCUUGGAAGUAAAGGUGCUGCACUGGCCAAUGCUAUAUCAUAUUGGAUCAGUGUCCUGUUAUUGGCCUUAUAUAUCAGGAUUUCACCUUCCUGCAAGAACACUUGGACUGGUUUUUCGAAAGAAGCUUUGCAUGAUGUUCCCAAGUUUCUAAAGCUUGCCUUUCCUUCUGCCAUUAUGGUCUGCUUGGAAAUUUGGUCAUUUGAAACUAUGGUUCUGAUAGCUGGACUCCUUCCGGAUCCAGAACUUGAAACAUCAGUUCUUUCAGUCAGAUUGCAGCCUCAACACAAAUACCUUGUUUUACAUGAUUCCUUGUGGGCUCGGCAGUGCAAUAAGGCUGCUUUCUUCUCUCCUGAUCUGUUUCCUAAACUAUGCCUAUUUUUCUUGUUCCUUAGCGUAAGAGUAUCCAACGAACUCGGUGCUGGGAGACCACGAGCAACCCGUCUAGCAGUAUGGGUUGCAAUGUUCAUGGUUGCUACAGAGAGCAUUUUGGUGACUAUAGUCAAGAUCUUGGGGCGUAAAGUUUGGGGCUACUGUUACAGUAGAGAUGAAAGAGUAAACUAUGUUGGUGAAAUGAUGCUGUUGGUUGCAUCAAUGCACUUGGCGGAUGGUAUUCAAGCAGUGCUAAAUGGCAUUGCUAGAGGCUGUGGUUGGCAAAAGAUUGGUGCGAUUGUUAAUUUUGGAGCUUAUUAUCUAAUCGAUAUUCCUUUUGGUAUACUGUUAGCAUUUGUCUAUCAUAUUGGAGGGAAGGGUCUUUGGACAGGAAUAGCAGUCGCAGUAUAUACACAAAUGCUGGUUCUAUUGAUUAUAACUGUGCUCACUAAUUGGGUGAAAGAGGCAAAGAAGGCUUCAGCUAGGGUGUUUGACUCCAUGAUCCCCAUAGAAGCAUCACAGUGA